AUGCUACAGUCUGUUGAGCGCCACACCCUGGCCUGUGUCAAAGAACUAUUCCACUUCAUCAAGGUCCAGGGCCAGGGCGACUACCUCGGUGAGAACGUCUCCCAACUCGAGCACUCGCUGCAAGCUGCGCAACUGGCGGUUGAAGCCGGCGCGGACGACGACACCAUUCUCGGCGCUUUGCUGCACGAUGUCGGCCGUUUCAUCCCCGCCGCAGAGGACAUGCCAGCCAUGAUCGCUCCAGAUGGUGUGUUUGUCGGUCGCGCCAGCCAUGAAGUACUUGGCGAGAAAUAUCUUCGCGCUCUAGGGUUCAGCGAGACGAUAUGUCAAUUGGUGGGCGCACAUGUUAUGGCCAAGCGGUACUUGACCGCCGUCGAUCGGGAGUAUUAUGCAGGGUUAAGCGAGUCAAGCAAGACGACAUUGAAAUUCCAGGGCGGCACCUUCACAGAAGACCAAGUCCGCGAUGCCCAAAAAGACCCCCUUCUGGAGGCCAAACUGGCUGUUCGCAGAUGGGACGAUAUGGCAAAAGUGCCAAACAUCAAAACUCUGCCACUCGAGUACUACGAGCGAAUGGCAACCAUGAACCUACUCAAAUCCCGCUCCAGCUUCGAACUACACGGAAGGAAAUACAAGCUUCCCGAACGACCGACGGUGGUGAUCUGCAUCGACGGGUUUGACCCCGAAUAUCUCGAGCAAGGUAUCUCCGACGUUGUUCUUCCCAACAUGGCCAAAUUCGUGCAGUCAGGCUUUGCGGUCACUGCGAAAUGCGCCAUGCCUUCAUUCACGAACCCGAACAACGUCUCCAUCAUCACUGGUGCCCCCACGGCCGUGCAUGGAAUCUCGGGGAAUUUCUUCCUCGACCGGGCAACUCGAAAGGAAGAAAUGGUGCUUGAUGACUCGCUGCUCCGUGGCUCGACCAUAUUAGAGCAGAUGUCGAAGCGCGGCGUGCGUGUUGCUGCCAUCACGGCAAAGGACAAGCUACGAGCGAUCAUCAACCACGGCCUGGACUUCUCCAGAGACAUCUCCUUCUCCGCACAGUAUGCCGAUAAAUGCACAGCUGCAGAUAACGGGAUUUCUGAUGUUGCGAAAUGGCUAGGCUUACCGACACCAAGCCAGUAUUCCGGAGACCUGUCUCUGUUUGUUCUGAAAGCGGGUGUCAAACUUCUCGAGGAAGACAAAGCAGACCUGUUCUACCUGACGCUAUCUGACUUCGUUCAGCACAAACAUGCGCCUGGAAGCAAGGAAGCCAAUUCUUUCAUGUCAGCUAUCGAUGAUUGCAUCGGACGCCUCGUCGAAUUGGGCGCCACCGUUACUGUCACUGGUGAUCACGGAAUGAGUGACAAAUGCAACGACGACGGUACGCCAAAUGUGCUUUUCGUCGAGGAGGAAUUGGACCUCAAGUUCGGCGCCGGCUCGUCCAGGGUCAUCUGCCCGAUCACGGAUCCAUUUGUCCGACACCACGGCGCUCUAGGCUCCUUUGUCCGGGUGUACCUGAAUCAUCCCGAGAUUGGCGUCAAAGCAGCCCUGGACCAUCUUCGCUCCUUCCCUGAAGUCCUACUGGCUAUCGAUGGAGCUACCGCGGCUGAGAUGUUCGAGAUGCCUCUCGAUCGUGAGGGAGAUAUUGUUCUGAUCUCUCAGAAGAAUGCAGUGCUCGGAAGCCGACGGGAAGAGCAUGCCCUCGGCGAGCUCAGCGAUCAUCGCCUCCGAUCUCACGGCGGCCUCUCAGAGCAACAGAUUCCUCUGCUGAAAUCACUACCUGCCGACAAUCCACCUACUGACCGCGACUGGAGAAACUUCGAUGCGUUUGAUAUUGCGCUAAAUUGGUGA